AUGGUGCCUUCAGGAAUGUUUUCCUUUUCUUCUCAAACAGGACCAUCGGACCCCUUGAGUGGUUCGUGGGAAACGACAGGAGAAGGUGCACAGAACUUCCAAGACUUCUCAGACAACGGAUCUGCCCACCCGGGAGACUCCGAGGACUUUUCUUUCCAAGUUGAAGGCCACAUCACGCCCCGAGGACAAGGACAAGCCGUUGAGGACCUUCAGAGCAAGUGGACUGCUCGCGCACCUGCCACGACCGUGGCGCCUGUCGGUGGCGAGCCGAUGAGGCGGGGAACUUCGAGGAGUUCCACUGGAAGCCGCAAGCAACACAGAAUCUCCAAGAUCACAUCUCCCAAGGCCAGACCCAGAAUGACUUCUUCUGCGUCAUCUCAAGUAUCUGCACAGCUGUCCUCCAUGGACAUUACGGGUAAUGCUACUGUCUACGGACCUCAGACCAACGGCCAGUUGAUGGACGUGAACUCUUACUUCCUGGAAUCGGAUACGGGCGCCGUCUCGUCCCAGUGGUUUAACUCCAUGGAGCUCGGAAUCGUGGAUGGCCUUCCAUCCCAGACGGACAUGACUAUGCACGUCGUGCCUGCUCAGAUGCAGCUGGACCCUGACUCCAGCCUUGGAGCUCACUCUCCUUCUGCCUCCUGGAACUCUUUCAGCCCCGCGGAAUCCCAAUUGUCUUCUCCUGCUCAGACCCCUGAGGAGUUGUGGCUGUCCGCCCCUCUCAUGUCUUCGCCUUCCCACUCGGAGCACGUUUCUCCCAUCAUUCAGAGCCAGUCUCCUAGGUAUGUUCCUCAGAUCAGCUGCUCCCUCGAGCAAGCCUCUGACUCGGCAUCAAUCUACAGCGCCAACGGCAAGUUUGGCCCUGAGCUCAUGGGCGAUGAACUCUCUGGAAGCGUCCUCACCAUCGUCGGCGAUGCUGCUCUGCCUCCGGCUUUCCCUAGCCGCCGUAACACCAACGACGGUGACUCUGCUCGGGACCACCCUCUGUACAAGAACGCCACUCCUCAGGCCGAUGGCCUGUUCCACUGCCCUUGGGAGGGAGAAUCCAGCUGCAACCACAAGCCCGAGAAGCUCAAGUGCAACUAUGACAAGUUUGUCGACUCCCACCUGAAGCCCUACCGCUGCAAGAUUGAGUCAUGCGAGAACGCCCGCUUCUCCUCCACUGCCUGCCUUCUCCGUCACGAGCGUGAGGCCCACGCCAUGCACGGCCACGGUGACAAGCCCUUCUUGUGCUCCUAUGAUGGAUGCGAUCGUGCGAUGCCUGGCAACGGAUUCCCCCGCCAAUGGAACCUCAAGGACCACAUGCGCCGUGUCCACAAUGACAACGGUGUCCCCGGAUCUCCUACCACCGCUUCCAGCGGCCAGCAGGUCGCCAAGGGACGCAAGCGCAAGGACGCGCCCAAGGCUGCCCCUGCCCCUACCUCCCGCAAGGUCACUGCCAAGGCUGCCAUUGUCGAGGCUGCCAUCAAAGAGGAGCAGUCGACCAAGCCCCUCGUUGAUGAGUGGAUGUCCCAUCGCCAGGCCCUGGAGGACCUCGUCCGCGGCUUCACCCAGCCCGAUGAUGUCAAGAACCUCCAGCUCAUCAAGGAUGCCCACAACCACCUCUCUGCCAUGGGAAAGAUCGGACAGACCCUGAGCCCCCAGCAGGCUCCCUUCCACGGAAAUUUCGUCCAGGCUGGAUGA